AUGGGUUUAGAUACACGAGCCGUCGACGUGAACCGAAUGAUCGACAGAGAACGUGGAAGCAGAAUCGAUGGAAGAUAUUCGAAGAACAAUUCGCCGCACUUUAUCGUCGACGUCGAUGGGGGCACCAGGGGUGAUAAUGUGGCAAUCGCAAAGAUAAAAGAGACGCGAGACCGCCCAGGAGAGUAUCGUGCGGGAGGGGAGAGGGGUAUUGGUAGACUCGACUCGAGAAAUAAUACAGCCAGUCAAGCCAUCGAUAAGGUCUUUUGCGAGGCGUUCAUACAAGCCGCAUUGAAUGAAUGGCUGGAGAAGGGUCGACCGAGGUUCAGAACGAAGGACGUCAAGACCGGGAUCGUUCGAAAGCGGAAGGGUCGAAGGGCGAGGCUCUUGCUAGCAUGCACAAUGGAAAGAUAUCAGAAAGAGGAAGAAGGAGCGAUCGGCCGGUAA